AUGAUGGUCUCACUCUGUCUGGCUACAGAACCACAAGUUGGCAACAUCAAUCCUGAGCCUCAGAACCUACCUGUUGAGUUUCAGGAGUUUCAGAAGGUGUUUAGCAAAGAGUUCUUCACCACACUACUAGAAUAUUUCCCUCAUGACAUUGCUAUUGACCUGGAAGUGGAUAAACAGCCUCCCAAUGGCCCUAUCUAUUCUAUGACCCCUGCAGAAAGAGAAGCACUCAAGGAACACAUUGACUCAGAACUUGCAACUGGAAAGUUCAUGCCGACCACCUCACCAGCAAGAGCUCCAGUGAUGUUUGUAAAAAGGGCUGAUGGCAGGCUUUGCUUAGCGGUGGAUUGUUGCCAGCUAAAUGCUAUCACAAUCAAGGACAGAUAUGGACUACCAAGACAGGACAAGCUAAUUGAGAAGCUGUGCCAUGCCAAGAUCUGCACAAAGCUGGAUUUAAAGAAUGGAUAUAACAACAUCAGAAUCAAGGAAGGAGAUGAAUGGAAGGCUGCAUUUUGCACUGCCCUUGGUCACUUUACUCCCAUAGUCAUGCAAUUGGGCCUUAGCAAUGCCCCAGCUGUGUUUAUGCGCUUCAUGAACAACAUAUUCUGUGAUUUACUGGACAUCUCUGUGGUUGUGUACCUGGUUGACAUCUUAAACUUCUCAAACUCAAGAGAAGAGCAUGUGGAACAUGUCAAGGAAGUCUUAUCUUGCUUGCUGAAGCAUAACCUAUUCUGCAACCCUGCCAAAUGCUACUUCUUUGUCACAGAAGUCACCUACAUUGGCCUUGUCUUUCCCCAUGGAGAUGCCAUCAGGAGUAAUCACAAGGUGCAAGUGAUCAUGGACUGGCCUGAACCCCAAAAUGUGAAACAGGUGCAAUCAUUCCUAGGCUUUGCAAACUUCUACUGUUGCUUUGUCCCCAACUUCUCUUGCUUAGCACGCCCUCUGAAUAACCUCACUCCAAGGGAGCAACCAUGGAUCUGGCUAGAAGAACAGAAAGCGGCAUUUGAUGCGAUCAAGGCUGAGAUUUGCAAGGAGCCUGUUCUAGCUCACCCUGAUGAAUCUAAACCUUACACCUUGGAAACAGAUGCUUCUGGAGCAGCCAUGGGCGCUGUACUAUCUUGGAGAAAGGAGGAUGGUUGUCUACAUCCUGUUGCAUACAUGUCAGCCAGCUUCUCACCUGCUGAGCUAAACUAUGAUACACAUGACAAGGAGCUACUUGCCAUCAUUAGCGCAUUUGAGCGCUGGAGAAUCUUCUCGGGAGGAACUGAGCAGCCAAUCACUGUGUUGAUCAAUCACAACAACCUGGAGUACUGGAAAUUGGCUAGAACCUUGAACAGGCACCAUGCACACUGA